AUGACAAUGGAACAAAUAGAUGGAGUUAAUGGAGCAACCAGGACAUGCGAGCAAAGCACUCGCGAUCGACCAGGCUCGAACAGAAUAUCGAAAGCAGCCACCGCUCCACGGCCCUCAUCAACAGAUAGCAUUUGCCGUUUUAAUUGGUUUCUAUCGCUUCGAAGGAAGCGUUCGUCUCCAACGACUGUUGUAGUAGCCACGGCCCACAGCAAUAAGAACGAUGAAGCUGGAGCUGUCAAGGAUGAGUUGUUUACCAGCAAUGAAAACAAUCACAAUAACCAAGAUGAGGGCGGAAAUGUUUUCUACACCCUGCGCAAGCGAUUCCAGAAAAAAUUUACGUCGGUCAAAGUGAAAGCAUUUGAGCCGAACGUGGCAGGAACACUGGGAGCUCAUACUAGCGCUUCUACUGCCAGCACAAACAGCAAUAACAUCGACACAAACCAGCUCAAUGGGCCUACACGGGAUGCGAAUUCUAGUGUCGAUGGCAAUGAUUUCGCACGAAUCGUGAUUGAACGGCAUACGCAGAAUCCGCUGCGGUUCUCGUCACCCAAUGCUAAUUUACCUGUGAUAAUGAAUAGUAGAGAUACUGAACCAAAUACAGCCGAGGAUGGAAGUGCGGUUCUGGCGUCCGUACUAUCGGUACAAACGGCACAAGAGAGCGCUCAAAACAUGGAUCAAAUGAUGGCGCAAAUGCGCAUCGAUCUGUUACAGUACGGAUGGUACUGGGGUAAACUAACACGUCUUGCUGCGCAGAAGCGACUUGCUCAGCAGGUGAAUGGAACGUUUCUGGUACGAGAUUCCCAAACCGAACAGCAUCAGUUUACCGUUAGCUUUCGAAGCUCCGGAAUAACAUUGCACUGUCGUAUCGACUUUGAAAACAAUUACUGGUCAUUCUCGGGGCUGACGACGCCAACCACGUAUAAAACAAUGGUGGAUUUGAUACAGGAUACGAUGAAGAAAUCCGAGUACGGUGUGAUUGGCUAUGUUAAGCAGGAUUCGAUGCUGAUGCCUCCGUUUCCUGUGCGCCUGACUAAACCGAUAAAUCGUUUCUACGAAGUGUCCUCGUUACAGCAUUUAUGUCGUUUCAUCAUACGGCAAAAAAUUGAUGCCAUAUCAAUUGCUCAUCUUCCUUUACCAGAAAAGUUGAAGGAAUACGUGGAGGAGAACUAUUACGAUCUCUAGUUGAGCAUUUGAUAUUCGACGAAUGUUGUGUAAAG